AUGAUAAACGUUUCAACUCCUCCACUGGAAGAGUCUUUUGAUUUUUCUACUAAUGAAGGUUAUAAACGAGAUGAGAACCAAAGCUUAAGGCGCCAAUCAUCAAUCGCUGCAAUGAGUGCUAGUGAAAAUAGUUCCAGCCCGCGUCAAAUGGUUGGUAAUUUUGCCAAUACUAAUGCUCAGCGAAUAAGCAGAGCCUUGAAAUUUCCUGUUCAUAGAAAAAGCUUCAAUUUUCGACAAGCACUGAGUCCGAAUACCAAUUAUACCACGUCAGCUACCACGCCUCCUGAUUCUCCUAUUUUGGGUCGCAAUGAAUUUUUACCUCAAUCUGAAACAGCCAUUACGGGAAUUGAUUCACCUGCUCUGGAGAAAGUCUCUAAGUCUGUCUCAGACAAAACACCAACACUCGAAGACCAGCCAACGCCCAAAGUUGGUGGUUACGACUCUUUAACAUCCCAAGUGGCAGCAUUGUCAAUUGCACCUGCGUCAUUGCGUCCAUUAUCCUUGCGACCCCUAUCAAUUCUUCAAGAAGACGAUAUUCAAGCUCCUGGUGCAUCGGCAAAGCGUACAAGUUCAACGCCAGCGGGAAUUGUUCAUGAGGACGAUGACUCGACCAGUGACGUCGAUGACGAAUAUGAAGACGCUCAUCAGUCAUCAUCAGCUGCUUCAUCAAUGUCGGUAGAUUUUCCGUUCCUCCGUGCCAUCCAUUCAUUCCAAUCGACAUCGUUGUCCAGGCCGGAUAAUUCUAGUACUGAGCCAGAUCCUGCUACAAUAUGCUUAUCUUUCGAGGAGUCUGAUAUUGCCUUGCUCCACUCUGUCCACGCAUCUGGAUGGGGAGACGCGACCCUCUUAUCAACUGGCCAGCGAGGUUGGAUUCCAACCAAUUACUUCUCACCCUAUGCUGAGACAAAAGUUAUUCCCCUACUUUCAGCCAUAUUAAACUUUGUUGUUUCGCCCAAGUCAUACCCACUCCGUAUGGAUCCUGCGGCCUCUGACAAAAACAAUGAUAAAGUUGAGUUGAGCCCUGUGUUCACUUUUUCACAAGCGUCAAUUACAAACAUAAUUACUGGAGUACGGUCGUUGCUAGAGGCGUGCGGUACCUUGACCAGGGACACUCCUGUGGUACGUAGGUCUCAAUCGAUUCGAAAGUUUCGCAAGUCCUUGUUAACAGAGUUGGCUAUUCUUGUGUCCCUAGCAAAGCAGUAUCGAAACACCACUGAUGAUGUUGUCAUUGACAAACUGGUCGUGGUCUGUUACAAGAUUGUCACUAAAGCCGUUAUGUUUCUGGAUGUGUGGGUUGUUGACGUUAAUUUAAAUGAAGAAGAUCGCAUUAGUGGGAAUUUUGACGAACCUACAAGUGUCUCUACGGGCUCGACCGCGACAGCUGUAGUUGCCCCAGCUGCUCUCACUACUUCGUCGUCUUUUACUGCUAACAGGAGAAACACAGCAAGCGAAAAUAGAGUAUCUGUUGUUUUCCAUUCUCAGCCUCCAUUUGCUAACCAACGUCUGGAUGAAGUUAAUGAAGCUCUUACGACAUAUCUGGGAAUCUUCAUUCACCGUAUGACAGUUCUUGACUCUGACCCGUCCGCAGCUACCCAACUCCUAAUUAAUACAAGAAAGUCUAUGCUCGCAUGCAGAGAGCUGCUUGCAACUGUUGAGUCUAUUAGCUCUAAGUCACUUCCUAGAAAUAGGGACCUGGAGAACUCAAAAGACAAAUUAUUUAUUCGUAUCAGAACCUUGGUGACUGUCGCUAGAGAGGUGGUGUGUGAUACUAAUUCUGAGACGAAAUCAACUUCGACUGAAAGUCUUAUUCAGAAUGCAACCGGUUGCGCUCAGACUGCGUGUGAAUGUGUAGUUCGUUGCAGAAAUAUCUUGAGCAGGAUUGGUGAUUUUCAACUUCCUAGUAAUCGGGAAUAUCCAGAUUUUACAGAUACUCGUUCAACUCCUCAAUAUAGGGGACGUGAAGUUCACAGUGUUAUUUCAGUUGAAUCUGAGGCCCCCGCAUCCAGUGUAGCGGCAUCAUAUUCUUCUGCUACUAUGGUAAGCUCUCCUACCAAGUCUGUCCUACCGGACAUUCCUGCUUUGUCACCAAUUGUUUCUCGUGAGUCCCGGGUCUCUGCAAGCAAUACAGAGCUUGAUGAUCUUGAUGGUCACCGAAAUUUGGAUGUCGUGGAGGACGAUAAUGGAAAGAUCCGUGCAGCAUCAUUGGAGUCGUUGAUUAUCUUACUUACAGACGAAGGUAUCCAACAGGAUCCAUUUUUGGUGUCCACUUUUUUCCUCACCUUCCGUCUGUUUACCUCUGCGCGGGAUGUGUUUGACAUUCUUUUAAAGAGAUAUGAGGUCAAUACAAAUGAAAUUGGACUCCCUCUUAAACGAGUAGAAGAUUUGUCUUCUCGCCGUGUCAAAAUUUUCAAUUUUAUGAAACGUUGGAUGGAGUCGCAUUGGAAGCCUUCCGACAAUGUUAUUCUUGACGAUGUGGUGGUACUGUCGGAGAAUCACUUCAAAAACAUCCUUCCAAAUGCAAAUCUAAUUAUAACCCAUCUUGCUACAAAAUUAUCGUACGGAGAGAGCGAGCCGAUUAUUCCUCGUCAAAUCGCUCUUCCAGCUGGAAAUCAGUAUUCAGCCAUGAUAUCGGCUACUGCCAGUUCAGUCAGCAUGGUAAGUAGAACAUUGCCAAAGCAUCAAGUUAACCUUCUCAACAAGGCUAACGAGUCUAAUGGUUUCAUUGGAGAUGAUUUGGGUCUUGCUAAUGAUGACGAUUUGAAGUCUACUGUUUCCAACUCUACAUGGACUUCUUCUCUGCGAGUAAGACAUUCUCUUGCUGGUGCUGGAAGUCUUGUUAAUUACCAUAUGAAUGGAUCGAUGGCCACGAAUAAUGGUACUCACUUUGUUACCAUCUUGGACUUCGAUCCAGCCGAUAUUGCUAACCAAUUGACGAUUAUGGAUUCUUCAGUGUUUUGCAAAGUCAAGCCGGAAGAGUUGCUGGAUCAGAACUUCACCAAAAAGAAGCGUGAAUUGGGAUUAUCGCCAAAUGUAUCCAAGAUGACAGCGAUGUCAAAUCAACUGUCAGCGUUUGUUGGUGAUAGUAUCCUUGGUGGUGAUAUUCCAGCCAAGUCAAGGCGAAACUUGUUGAAGCAAUGGAUUAAGAUUGCUGAAAAGUGUUUUGAGCUGAGGAAUUUCAACAGUCUUUUGUCCAUUAUAUCAGCUCUUCAGAGUGUGAAUAUUAUGAGGCUGAAGAGAAUCUGGGAGUUACUGCCUCUCAAAUAUAAUACCUCUUUUCAAAAUCUUAAGAAGCUUCUUAUACCUGAUAAAAAUUUUGCUUAUUAUCGUUCUAAGCUGAAGGACCAGUCGCCACCAUGUAUCCCAUACCUGGGACUUUAUUUAUCUGAUUUGAUUUUCAUUGAAGAAGGCAAUGCCAAGACCAGACCGUUGCCUUCAGGAACAGAAGGUAUUAAUUUGGAUCGAUAUGAACGGCUUACGAAACUGAUUGGUGGUCUUCAGCAAUUUCAGGUUUCCUACCGAUUAACCAGCUCCCGUGAGUUGCAAACCUGGCUCCGUGGUGAAAUGACCAAGUCACACCAGGCUGUAACUAGAGAUCUUAAUGGAUUGUGGAGGCGUAGUUGCCUUGUAGAGCCCAAAAACUAA